AUGCCCAGAUCUAUCACUUGGUCCUUCUACUGGAGCACAGCAGGGGUGCUGCUGGUGUUCGACCUCACCAACCAGGCGUCUUGUGAGCACACCCCAGAGUGGUAUCGCGAGGUUGCGGGGAACAGGCCACCUGCCUUUGUCCUGGUGGGACACAAGUGUGACCUGGUGGCCAAGAGAGUUGUGACAGCAGAGGAAGCUGGACACCUCGCCACCAACCUGGGCAUGGGCUUCGUGGAGACCUCACCCUGCAGCAACUUCAACGUGAAGUUGGCCUUCCAGACACUGGUUGGGGGUAUCCUACUGGGCCAGGGGAUCCUUGCCCUACACGAGGGAUGUGAUGGCAUCAGGCUCAUCCCCAAUCAGAGUUGCUGCCAGCCUCCAGCAGGGAGGGAGCCCCAGGAGCGCUGCCAGUGCUGA